AUGUCGGGGCAGAAGCCGGCACAGCGCUCGGCGCUGGCAUGCAUGCCCUGCCGCGCAGCUCGGCACAAGUGCCAGCGAUCGCCAGCAGAAGACCGCUCGCCCUGCCUCCGCUGUCGAAACCUGGGCCUCGACUGCGUCUGGGUGCAGAGCAGGCGGUUCGGAAGGCCCCGCAAGCAGGUCUUGGCGGCGCCGCCGUCGUCGUCCACAGCCACACAGCAGGAUGUCGCUGCUGCCUGCGCGCCGUGGUAUGCUACCGAGCCAGAUCUUCACCCAGUGACGGUUGACCUGCAGCAGCUCGACGCUGAGAUGAGCGGCUUCUGGGCCGAUCUGAUCCCGCCCACCAGCGGGCCCUCUUUGGCGAUAAACAGUUCCCUCACGCCGCCCUUAGCCGUGGGUGUGCAGGGGCCACUUGACGUGUCAAGCGGCCUGCGCUUCUUUCGCCUGGCCACUUCAGACCCGCUGCCGUGGAGUGUGGCAGCGGCGGCAGUCGGUCUGUGCGACGCCGCCCUUUCCUCCUCUUGUCCCUCCCCUUCCACCUCACCCGGCUGGCGCUGCCUCGUGCUGGCGUGCGCUGCGUACGGCCAUCGGACUGCGCGCUCGGGGCCAGAAGGGUGCGACUCCCUGUACCAGCAGGCAAAGCUCCUCUUUGACGAGCACACUGCCCCGUGCGACGACGGCAGCGACGCCGUGAGCGCCCUGCACCUCGUCGAGGCCACGACGGUGCUGGCAAAGUACGCGUACGGCACGAGCCGGCUCGCCGAAUGUCUCCAGGUGCUGCGUGUGGGUGCGCGUGUGGCUGCUGCCAUUGGCCUGGACCGUAUCGAUGCCGGCGACCGGACAUUUGCACGCACGCAUCGCCGACGAGACGGCGCUCCCCGUUUGGCGCUGGCGUCGCUGCUGGCUCACUCGAAUGCCUCCUCGUGCCUCGACGCCGUCGCUGUCUGCGAUACGGCGAGCCCCUGCCGCCUCUGCCUGACAAACGCAUACCGGCAGAGCUGGUGGGAGCUGCACCAGUGCACCGCCAUCAUCUUUGCCGCCACGUCGCAGGGCGGGCCCCGGGAUGCGACGGUGCUGAGCCUCGACGCCGCGGUGCUGCCGCCCACGUGGGGCGAGCGGUACGCCGUCACCGACCGCUUCUGGCGCCUGCGCGCGCGCACCUCGGCCGUCCUCGCCGAGGCCGUAGAUCCCGAGGUACGGCGGCUGGCCAAUGCAGAGGCCGAGUCCCGGCUCUCGGUGCUCGAGACGAUGCUUCGCGCCCUCGUUGCGCCCACUCACGAGCUCGUCGAGGUAAUCGACGGCGUGCCUGCCGCUGGUCUCGUUCACCUCGAGCGCUCAAAGGCCCGGCUUGCUGCCAUGCGUGGCCUGCUCUCCCUCCAUGCGGCCCAGACGAGCCUCCAUAGGCUGUACUGGCUGCCCGGGCCAUCGCCCCACGAGAUCAUCUCUCUCGACGACGACGACGACGACGACGGCGCAAUGUCCUCGCAGUCAGCGCCAGCGUCGAGCGAGAAGAGUUUCGACGCCGACGAGCAGCACAGCCUGCUCCUCCGGUCCAUCACAAGCAUGAGCGAGAAUGCCGACGCCGUCAUCCGUCUCAUCGAGGCGAUGGACCAGCGCGCCGUCGCAAGCGAUGCCCAGCUGCCGCUGUCGCUGCCGUUGCCGGCCACCUCUGCGCAUGUCCCGCGCGUGCGCGACUGCUGCCCGUUCUUUGCCUGUGUCCAGGUGGCAGCCGUCUUUGCCAAGGCCAUCGCCCUGACGGCCCACGUGGCCAAGCCCGGCUGCGUGGGUGCUGCUCACCCCAAUCCCGGCGUGCCCCAGCUCUGCACCUGUCAGCGGGGCGCAAGCGACGCAAGUGCCCUCGUGUGGCCGCACAUGAGGUCUGCGACGCCGCAGCAGGCAAAGUGGAUGCGUCUGUCGUCGGUGCAGACGAUGCGGUCUGCCCAGGAGAUGCUCGAGGAAGCAACAAGUGUGUGGCCAUUUGCCAGCGAGUGCAAGAUGGCAGUCGAGGCAAGGCGUCAAUCUAUCCCGGGCAUCGGCGGCUUCUCAGGCCUGUCGUAUUCCUUGCAAGGCGCCUAG